UGGGCGGAGUUUAGUUGAAGAUCGAAUUUGGAUUCGGUUGGCGGGCGCGGCCAUCUUGGUGAAUUAGUGACCUGGCGAUUCGGUUUUAGUUAGUGAAAAAUCAUUUGUCAUCCACAAUGUCGGAAAGGGAAGAUAAUGUGUACAAAGCAAAGCUAGCCGAGCAGGCUGAGCGCUAUGAUGAAAUGGUGGAGGCGAUGAAGAAUGUUGCAUCACGCAAUGUAUCCGACAAUGAACUAACAGUUGAGGAGAGAAAUCUUCUAUCCGUUGCAUACAAGAAUGUCAUAGGUGCCCGCAGAGCUUCAUGGAGGAUCAUAUCUUCAAUUGAACAGAAAGAAGAAACAAAAGGCGCAGAGGACAAGCUGAACAUGAUCCGAGCGUACCGCAGCCAGGUGGAGAAGGAGCUGCGCGACAUCUGCUCAGACAUCCUCAGCGUGCUCGACAAACACCUCAUCCCCAGCUCACAGACCGGCGAGUCUAAAGUCUUCUACUACAAAAUGAAGGGUGACUACCACCGGUACCUGGCAGAGUUCGCGACGGGCAACGACCGCAAGGAGGCCGCCGAGAACUCGCUCGUGGCCUACAAGGCCGCCUCCGACAUCGCCAUGACCGAGCUGCCCCCCACGCAUCCCAUCCGGCUCGGCCUCGCGCUCAACUUCUCCGUAUUCUACUACGAGAUCCUGAACAGCCCGGACCGCGCGUGCCGGCUGGCCAAGGCGGCGUUCGACGACGCCAUCGCGGAGCUGGACACGCUCUCCGAGGAGUCGUACAAGGACUCCACCCUCAUCAUGCAGCUGCUGCGCGACAACCUCACGCUGUGGACCUCCGACAUGCAGGGCGAGCAGGACGCGCCCCACGACGACACCAAGGAGCCCGCCGCAGACCACGACGACCAGGAGGUGUCGUAACCGCCCCGCCUCUCCGCCUCUCCGCCCCUCCUGUCUCCCAGCUCCCCGCUCCCCGCUCCCCGCUCCCAGCUCCCGCUCCCAGCUCCCCGCUCCCAGCUCCCAGCUCCCGUCUCCACCCGUGCGGCGCCGCCGCCUUGUAAAUUUUCUAAGUGUUUUGUACCAGACGCGGCGCGGCACCCGGCCUCGGCCGUCGCGCCGCGUAUAGGGCGGUAUGACGUAGUUACUCGCAAUAUUUAGAUAAGUGAUAGUGGCGUCACCCUGUUGGUCUUUUUAUGUAUCUAUCGUAUUGAGCGUACGUACUUGUAUUUAUUGCGACGUUGCGUUUGUGUAAACUGUGACUACUGUGUAGUGCCACCGUUGAACGGAUCUCCGCGCCCUGCCGCCGGGGCGGCCGCUCGGCCCGCCACCUUCGUAUUACAACAUUUGGAGUAUUCACACUGAACUGCUUUAAUUACUUACGAGUAUUGUGAUAGAGAUUUUGUAUAUUUUAAUUUAUUCUUUUUUAAUUUCGCAUGUUCUCUAUGAAAAAAAAAUUGCUGUAGCGCUACAUCUCUUACGAUUUAUACAGGACGAACGGUAGUUCUAAAGUUGUGCUAGGUUAAGAUUAUGCACUCGGUAUAUAUUUAUUUGAUGACGCAUGCAGUGCGCAGCUCGAGGGAAAUGCCUACUCGAAGACAUUCCAUCUUGAUGAUACCUGUUACUCUCUGGCCAAUGUUCGAUCGACCUCCAAAUUGUAGUGUGGCAUAGCAGUGGAGCAAGUGCGUGCCCGAGUAAGAUAUUAGCGUUAUUUUUAUUUGAAUUUGUAAUAUUGCAUAUAUUUUGUUAAUUUAUCCACAAAAAUACUGAUGCAAUUAGCCUUAGUGUUAUGCAAUAUUGAUUUAUGUCCUACCAACUACAUGGAAAUUUAUUGUAAAUGACAGUGUAAAUCUAAUAAUAAAAUUCAAAAGUCCAUAUUUUCGUUUCAUUACACAUAAAAGUUAAUACCUUUGAUUAUAAUGAAACAGUUUUUGCUUGCAGAGCAAAGCUUAUAUCCUACAAAUAUUUAAAUCUGAAAGUUUGCUGUAUGCUAAUGAAUCACGCAAAGACGGCUGAACAGAUUUGGAUAAAAUUUGGCACACAGUUUAUCCAGGUAAUAAACUUAAAAUUUAUCUUGGAUAAAUGUUUAGGUUCUUGUGGAAUUAGCCGAGAACAAAAAUUAUUACUCCUGUUACCAGUAGCCUUGCCAGUUUAACUGAAAUGAAAUGUCAUUUAUUCAGUCUAGGCUGUUACAA